AUGGUCCUGCUAGAGUUGACAAUCAUCGGUGGGGCUGUCUACUACUACAAGACACAUCACAAAAUCAACAAAGCCAGAAAAGCGGCUUUCAUGGCUGGGAACCCAUAUGUUGAGAGAGAUGGCAGUGUCUCGUUACCACCUUCAUAUCCUGGUCUUCCUGCAUAUACAGAGGCUAUGCACGACAAAGUCCAGGCUCAAGAGGUUCGACGUGAAUAUUACGCUGAUUCUCCUACCUUUGCGAACCACCACUCGCUAGAUGAGAAGGCUGCUAUUAGACCGGCUGUCAGGCAGAUAGAAGUCACAGAUGGCAAAUUGUGA